UCGUCCUACGCAUAGAAUUUAGAACGUUAAUUCAUGGGCAUUAAACACAUGCAGACUCCCCCUAUAAAACCAUCCCAACCACCACUUUCGCUCCAAUCCAAUACGAAAAACAUCAUCUCACCAACAUACUUUCUAUCUCCCUCUCUUUCCAAUGUCUCCUUCCACACUCACACUCUUCACUCUCCUCCUGGUCGCGACCCGCUGCUGCGCCGCCCCGCGCGGCCACAAUGUGGCGCCCCACAGCGAGGACCUUGUCCGAUCGUCAUGCUCCCACGCGCGCUACCCGGACCUCUGCCUCCGCACCCUCUCCUCCUAUGCGGGCCCCACCGACAACCCGCGCGACGUCGCCCGGGCGGCCCUCAAGAUCAGCCUCUCGCACGCCCGCCGCACGUCCAGCUACCUCAGCAGCCAGGCCUCCAGCUUCAAGUCCAAGCGGGAGCGCGGGGCGCUCGCGGACUGCCUCGAGCAGAUGUCGGACUCGGUGGACGAGCUGAGGCGGUCGAUGGCGGAGCUGAAGCACCUGAGGGGCGGGGAGGAGCUGCGCUGGCAGCUCAGCAACGCCGAGACGUGGGUCAGCGCGGCGCUGACCAACGAGGACACGUGCCUCGACGGGUUCCAGGAGGUGGACGGGAACGUGAAGGGCGACGUGCGGCGCAAGAUCUCGGAUGUGGCGAGGGUCACGAGCAACGCGCUGUACCUGAUCAAUCGGCUCGACGAGAGCACGAGCCGCCGUCGAAGCGGCAGGGGGAGGAGGCCGGCAAGAAGGACCGGGUUUGUGAUGGCCGGCGAUGAUGGACGGCUCUGACCUCGCUGGCUCUUGGAAUGUGUGGUAGCAGAAUACUAUUCUCGUGGGUCCUUCAAAGUUCAAACCUCCUCUCUCUCUCUCUCUCUCUCUCUCUCUCUCUCUCUCUCUCUUCCCCGUGUCUCCAUGAAGUUACAAAUAUGUAAUCGAGUUUGAAUUUUGGACCGAUGACAUAUGUGGAUUUGUAGAUAUACAGAUAUUUAUGCACGCAUUUACGUUUGUGGGCAUGGUAUAUGGUGUGAUUUUCAUUUCUUCGGACUAUUUUUGCAUGAAAAGUUACUCGAACUAUAGAGUAACUUGGAGUGUGUUUAUGGAGGGUGAACAAACUAUAUGCAGGUACAUCUUAAAAUGUGCAUACCAUACAUGCUUCCGUUUUGGCUA